UCUGCCCAGCCAGGUGCCGAGACUCUCGAGCCAGGAGCGGGGAGAGGGACUCGCCAGAGGGCUUCUUCGCGUUCGCCAUGGCGGUCCUCCGUGCUCUGUUGGUGACUCUGCUGGCGAGCGCCGUUCUAGGCUCCGGCUUGCAGGGCUUGCAGUGGCCGCAGAGGGUGAUGCGGCACCGACUCGACGUCCAGCGGGGAGGCGGCGUCGGCAUUGUCGGCGGCGACUCCAUCGACAUCCGGGACGCCCCCUUCCAGCUGAGCUUCCAGCUGUACGACAGGCACUUCUGCGGGGCGUCCAUCAUCAGCAAGAACUUCGCCCUGACGGCGGGGCACUGCGCGAAGGCAGGCGUGACGGCCUCCUCGGGCUUCUUCCGCGCGGGCUCCACCAACCGCGACGAGGACGGCGUGCGGUACGCCCUGCAGAGCAUCACCACCAACCCCAAGUACGACUCGGGCACCGUGGACUUCGACGUGGCCGUGGUGCAGAUCCAGGGCGAGUUCCAGCUCGGCGACACGCAGCAGGCCGUGCGCCUGCCCGCGCCCGGCCAGGCCAACAUCGAGGGGCUCAUCGUCACCGUCAGCGGCUGGGGCAACGAAUACGAACAGAUGGGCGGGUCCGGGUCGCUGCAGCUCCGCGCCGUGACCCUGGUCGGGCUGACGCAGCGCGCCUGCAAGCUGGUGUACGGCAAUGCCCUGACGGCGCGCAUGCUGUGCGCGGGCCGCGACGGCAGAGACUCGUGCCAGGGCGACUCCGGCGGGCCCCUCGUCCUCCGCGACGCCAACAACGUGCCCACGCUGGUCGGCGUCGUCUCCUGGGGCAACGGCUGCGCCAGGAGGGGCGUGCCCGGCAUCUACGCGCGCGUCGCCGACCCCGACCUGCGCGCCUUCAUCCAGAGCAUCGCGGGUGUCUAAACAGCGGCGUCUAAUAAAGCACUGCAGCGUCCUCGCCGCUACCCUA